AUUCAUUAACUCAGAUUAUUAUUUUUAAUCUUUAAAUUGCACAUUUCGAUAAUGUCUCAUCUGAAAUAUAUGAAAGAAAUAAACAGUUUGACUCGCAUGGACGAAGCUAUUAAAGGACCACUUCCACGCUGGCAGAAGAAAUGUUUGGAAUCGUCGAAUUCCAGCGUAAAUCUUAGUAUUAAUUCGUCGCGAAAAAUUGCAAAUGUAUCGUGCGUAAGUUCAACUACAGGAAAAACACCAACCAAAAAGAAUGACACUCGAACUAAAAAAACACCUUCCAAGGGUUCCAGGAAAUCACCAAGCCGUGCCUCGUCUACGCCUGCUAAAACACCCAGCGGUGGCGAUAGGUUCAUUCCUUCAAGAUCGACGACUAAUUUUGAUCUCGGUUAUUACAAGAUUCAGCAACAAGCGAACGCAGACAAAGACGAGGAAAAAAUGGACAACGUAAGUCCCUCUAAGAAAGAAAUGCAGCGUCUUAUGGGAGAAAAUUUAUAUGGCGGUGAUAUCAAGAACAUAAGGGUUUUAUCUUAUCAAAACAAAGCACCUGCCCCUCCGGAAGGUUACCUGAAUCCAUUAAGAGUUAUGUACAGUCAAAGUAAAACACCGGCAAGCGUGAAAGCUAGUACAAGAUAUAUACCGCAAACUCCCGAUAGAAUAUUGGACGCCCCAGAAAUUAUCGAUGACUAUUAUCUGAACCUGAUCGAUUGGUCGGAGAGUAAUAUUUUAGCCGUAGCAUUAGGCGCUAGUGUUUAUUUAUGGAAUGCCGCGUCAGGAACUAUAGAACAAUUAUUCGAAGUAGAGGGCAAUGACUAUGUUUGCUCCGUCGCGUGGAUUCAAGAAGGUCCAUAUUUAGCUGUAGGCACCACAACGGGGAACACAGAAUUGUGGGAUUGUUGCCAAACGAAAAGAGUACGCGUAAUGAACGGCCAUGCAGCCAGAGUGGGAUCUCUUUCUUGGAAUUCACAUAUUUUAUCAAGUGGAUGCAGAGCUGGGCAAAUAGUGCACCACGACGUUAGGCAAAGGGAUCAUUUGAUAUCUACGAUAAACGCACACGCUCAAGAAGUGUGUGGUUUGAAAUGGUCGCCCGACGGGAAAUAUUUAGCGAGCGGCGGUAACGAUAAUAUGCUUCAAAUAUGGCCGUCGAUUUCUGGGCAGAAUCAUACACAUAUACAACCGAUCUAUUCGUUAAAUCAGCAUCAAGCUGCUGUUAAAGCUCUCGCAUGGUGCCCCUGGCAAAAUAACAUUCUCGCGAGCGGCGGUGGUACUGCCGACAGAACAAUCCGAUUUUGGAAUUGCAAUACAGGAGCCUGCUUAAAUACGAUAGAUACCAAGUCACAAGUGUGUUCUUUACUUUGGUCCACGACUUACAAAGAGAUUGUGUCUGGUCAUGGAUAUGCGCAAAAUCAAUUAACAAUUUGGAAGUACCCAACGAUGACAAAGGUCGCCGAACUUACGGGUCACUCUAGUCGCGUUCUGCAUUUAGCAAUGUCCCCGGACGGAACCACGAUACUUAGCGCAGGUGCCGAUGAAACUUUAAGACUAUGGAAAUGUUUCCAGCCCGAUCCGCACAAAAAGAAAGAGCCAAGCGAAAUGAAAUCUGUCCCUUCUAGGCUUAAGCAAUCGAUCCGAUAAUGUGUUUAUAUUAAUAGAUGAAAUAAACCUUUGCAUUUACUUAUUAAGUGCAAGAUAUAGUGAUCUACAUUUUAAGCGAUAAAGGCUCGUAUUGUAAUACUCGAUUGAUUCGUCCUUUAUCAACGUAUUCAAAACACUUGGUACCUGGUAGUAUUGAGUUAUUUUCACGAAAACUCGUACACGUAGUUUGA